AAUCCUUGGAAUUGUGUCCAAGUCAACACAGAAAGGGGAAAAAGAAGGAAGGAAGGAAGGAAGGAAGGGAGGGAAGAAGGAAUAAAAGGAAUUACGAAAGUGCUUAGAAACAAAGCAAACCCAGCUUACCCAAACCAACGCUGUUUUUUCUUUCCCUCCUUUCUUCGUAUUGGUUCCUUCUUCUCAGAUCGCUAAUUCUUCUUUCGAUUCGAUUCGCUAAUUUUGGAUGAUUGAUUUAUAUUACAAUUUGCGCACAAUACGAAUCGUGAUUAUGUUUGGUUUAUUGUUACGUGCUACUCCUAUUUAUUUAUUUUUUCUCAUUUUCCUCUGAAUUCCAUUGAUCCGAUUCAGGUUGUGAUGCUUGGUCUUGAUGCUGCUGGAAAAACAACUAUACUCUACAAGCUGCACAUUGGAGAAGUUCUAUCAACUGUUCCUACAAUUGGUUUCAAUGUGGAGAAGGUUCAGUAUAAAAAUGUUGUAUUCACAGUUUGGGCAGUUUGGGAUGUCGGAGGUCAAGAGAAAUUAAGGGCACUUUGGAGGCACUAUUUUAACAACACAGAUGGUCUGAUAUAUGUUGUUGAUAGUCUUGACCGAGAGAGACUUGGGAAAGCAAAGCAGGAAUUUCAGACAAUCAUAAAUGACCCAUUUAUGCUCAACAGUGUCAUCUUGGUGUUUGCCAACAAACAGGAUCUGAGAGGAGCAAUGACACCAAGGGAGGUAUGUGAAGGAUUAGGUCUCUUUGACCUCAGGAAUAGAAAAUGGCACAUACAAGGCACUUGCGCGCUUAGGGGAGAUGGCCUUUAUGAGGGCUUGGACUGGUUGUCCUCAACUUUGAAAGAGAGACAGGCUGCUGGAUACUCUUCAAUAGCACUAGGAACCUCAUCCUUCUAAUUUACCAGGUAUUUUGGCCUUAGGCUUUGGCGAUUGAUGCCAUGAUGCAUGGUUGUAGGGUUUGACCAGUUCAUUCUAAAAUGUUGUGAAUGUUAAUCAAAUUUUUUUUAGACUCACAUCUGGAGCUCGUGAGGUAUAUAUAGUUGGUUCAACUUUUCAGGGUAUUUGAGAUAUGACUUACUCAAAUUAUAGUAAGUUUGUGAAUUAACUAGAUUCGGUUGCCGUAUUUGAAACCUCUCAUUUAAGUGCUGCGUGGAUCAUUUAUUCA